AUGGCGACAACAGGGGUUGGUUUUCGGUGGUUAGAUUUAUUGGAAAAGGAAUUUGAUAAAGCAUGUGUUGGAUUAGAUACCUCUUUAGCGGAUCUGGAGACCGAGGAACCGGAGGCAGUGUUUUCUGCUCGUCAAAAAAUAGCAACAUUGAGUUCCUGUUUUGCUCAGCUCACUCAUAAAGCCUUGACCAUUUUUCAGCACAGUGCAAAACUUGAGGUAAGCUAA